UCAAAUAAUGAUGUUUCUGAAUCCUACUCGGUUUCUUUGCUUAUUUAUUUUAGUUUCGUAUUCAUAAUAAUUAUAAUUUGUGUAAUUGUGUAUAAUAUAUAAUAUUAGUGUUCAAAUAAAUUGAUUAAUAUUGCUGUAUAAGUGGUUGAAUAAAUUUUACUCUAAGUAUUUAGUGUAAUGAUAAACUAACUCAGUUAUUCAGUUCUCUGCUUUUAUACAAACUAUUCCAUAAUCAACACAGAGUGGAGGUGUUAAGAUAUUACAAUGGCUUCAGAUAGUUAUGGGGUAUUGAAUGAUUUAGCUCCAGUUUUUCGUCCUUACAUUCAAAAUGUUUACCAAGAUUUGCAACUUGGUUUAUGCAAGACUAGAGUUGACUUUGAAAGAGUAUCAGGGCGUUCAGAAGGUGGUGAUUGUCAGAUCCGAAUAGUAUUGCCCUAUUGUUCCAAGAAGUUAAAAUGGGAGAUUAUAUUUGACAGUACAGCUCCAUGGUUUGCACCGGAUUUCAGAUUUGAUGAUGAAAGUUUUCUUAUGAAUGUUGAUGAAACAUUCUUAGAAGAAAAAGUGCCUUCUCUCUCAAAAUGGAAUGAGAAUGACCCAAAAGCACUCAGUGAUGUCAUUUCUGAACUCAUCAGCCUAUACAAACAUCAUCAAAUAAAGAAGUUGAAUGAAGAUGAGAGUUCUAGGGCAUACUUUGAAUACAGUGCCCUACUCGGAGAUGCGCUUACAUCUGAGAAUGAUAUUGAAGUAUGGGUUGGUGGCCAUGUUGUGGAAUUUCUGAUCAGACUUAAUGUUGAUACUUCCAGAUUGCCAGAAGUUUACAGUGAUGGGACAGAAAAGAAUCCUGGUAUUGACACAGCAUUAUUGUUAGUUAGAUAUCCAAACUCCACGAAUGCUGAAUUGAUUCUCUCACCGUCUCUUACUAAGUCACUUGGGAACAUAACAUUACCCACGAUGCAUCAAUCAGGAGUAUUAAUGGAUUAUGUUCCAAUGGUAACAGAACUGUUAAACAAUAAGAUAAAUGAUUUACUGGACAAUGAGAAAUUAAAACGAGAUUUAUUGGCACAGCUUAUAGUUAAAUAUGAAGGUGCUAUACUUGAACAUGAUGCUAACAGUGCAGCUUUCUUGUUUGAAAUGAAUAAUUACCACUGGAUCUUACAAAUUGAUAUUGGUGCCAAGUUUCCAGAAAAGCCUCCAGUGCUGGCAUUAAGAUCUAUUUAUCACUGCAAUAAAGGAAAACCUGUAUACAAAAUACUCACAGGCUGUCCAUAUAAAAAAUUCGAAAGCUAUAUUGAACAGCAGGUUGAAAUCUUCAAGAAUGAGUGUUUAGGUCUAUACCCAAGAGAUCAACAUGUUUCCUUGGACAACUAAUGCAGCAUAGUGUGUGAUAUUGUUGUUUCUGUAACUACUAUUAUUAUUUUCUUCUUGACAACUAAACUUUUUUUUUAAAUAUAAAAGAAAAAGUUGUGAUUUAUUUUGAAACAGCUGAAUUGAGGCAAUUUUGUAAAUAAACAUAAAAUAAAAGAUCUUUAUAUA